CCUGCCAUUAAAUAUUACUCAAUUAACAAAAUUUCUUUUCCAGAACAUCUCUUUGUCUCAAAAUAUAAUCAUGUAUAAAAUUUGUUAAUAUGAUUUUUAUAGCAUUAACAAAAUUAAGUGAUAAUGUGAAAUUGGCUCAAAUAAAACAGUAUUCUAGUAUCUGUAUCACUUCAUUCAGUUAUUAUUAAUCACUUUUUCUAUUUAAUCUCCACUAUCGUGGACGAAAUUUUUAAAUUCGAAUAAGCUUGCCAUGACUAGAACGAUUUUGACAUUCAAAUUGUCAAUUUUUGUGUAAGAUCCAGUUUUGACCACCGAGAUUAUAGAAAACAUGUUGAAAAUGCAGUCAAUAAGAAUAGUGAGAGGAAAUGAAUCACUGAGUUCAUUACAAGCAGUUUCACGAAAAUUCAGUAUAGCGCCAUUACAAAGAGAUGAAAUCGUUAAAAAACAGAUUCCAAAUUUCAAUAUCCAUACAAAAAUUUCUACUGCUUCUGAAGGAGCUAAAAAACGAAGGUUAUUAAAUACUCUGCCUGAACAAAGAGUAUUGGAUUAUCAGCAUUCAACUCGGUCGACGGCGGGGAAACCCUUUGCAAAAACUAUUAAAGUAAAAAAACAUGUUCUAAAUUCCGGAGCGAUUAAUGAAAAACGAAAGAUCGUUACUACUGAUCCGAUGAGUAUAAUACCUAAAAUAAAAAAAUCUGUUGGAUCAACUGCUAAAAAAAUAGGACUAUCAUUUGUUCGAAAACUCGUAACUGAUCCCAAAAUGGCGGUAGCCAACGGGUACGAGAACAAAAUAAAGAAAAUUGCUAAAAGCCAAAAGAAGAAAGAUAAACAGAAAACUAAAAAAGUGGAACCAAUGAAGGCUAACCAGGGGAUAAGUUCUAAUUUUCAAACGUCGGUACCCAUUUCGAAGAAUGUAUCGAGCCAGCGUAAAUUAGGAAUAAAACGAAAACUGAAUCAGUUUAUUCUGAAAGAUUUUUAUGGAAACCAAAGACUAUUAGUCGAAGGGCAGAUCUUAGGGAUGGCGAUUUCACAAGUUUGA